AUAUAUAAAUAUGAUCUAUAUGAAGUAGAAUCAAAGCAAAACAAAAAAGUCCAGGAAACAAAAAUAGGAAGAAAAAAAAAUCAAUCAGAAAGAAGUGAAAAACUUGGAUCUCAAGAUCAAUGGGUUUGGUGGUGGUCAUAUCUCUUCCUCUAAUUUUCUUCUGUCUUCUUCUUGGAUUCGGCUGCUACUUCCUUGGCAAAUCUCGCGGCCGUCGUGAGAUCCAUACAAAUCCUCAGGUGUACGGAGUUCCUGCUCCGCCUCCCGGUGCAACCAUCUCCACCGCCUCCUCUCCGUCGUUGUCUCCUCACACCAAGCCGGACAGUUCACACAAUGUCUGAUUUUCCAUCUCCUUCUCUCUAUUGGAAGAUGCUUCUGUUUGAUUUACUGUGAAUUUCUGUACUUUUAAAAAAAAAAUUUAGCUUUCUUGAGAUAUGUUCCUUUCUUGAUUUGUGUACUUUAUAUGUUUCUUAUGUAAAUUAGAGCCUUUGAUGCCAUUAAGAAAGUUUAAGGAGUGGUA